CAGAAGGUAAGGGGGGGGUCUCAAUGAUAGGAGACGGAUUGGAGCGUGUGGCUAUGUGGGGUUUAUUUAGGAUAAUCUUUGAAGAGGUAGGGUUUGCAUGAACAUUAUCUGUUGGUGAUAAGUGUGUGUCAGGAUGGGAUGGGGAUGUUUUGGUGUCUACAGGGAUGUCAACAGCAGCAGCAGCACUUGACUGUAUCGUGCUUCCAGGGGGCUAGCAUGUGGCACAUCUUUAGGCUGUGUUACAUAGGACUGACACACACACAGUGAUACGGCUGCUUCUUGCCAACAGGAAACUGUGAUAUGAUAAUGACAUGUAUUGAGGUCAGCUGGCCCCGUUCCUUACGAGAAGGAGCAGGAUGAAUCCCACAGCAGCAACAUUAUCCAGGUCACCAACCGAAAUCUGGGAGGGGCCUAAAAUACUGUAAUUCAACCAAAUGACUAUCAACUCACUGUAACUUAUUGUAGGUCUAUUUAUAGAGGAACUUAUUUAGUUGUUUAGUGAUAACGUUUUUAUAAGACAUUGGCCUAUAACACAGAGUUGUAAGCAGACUAUUUUCCUUACAAAAUAGUGUAACAAAUAUGGUUCUGUGCAUAUAUAAAAGCUAUAUGUAUUGAGUUUCAGUGGAUUUUAGAAUGGCUUUACUUUUCAGCAGUGCAAAUGUUAGUGUUACAUUAGGCCCUGUGGUUUCUUGUGUCAUGAUUCUAUCAUUGGACAUAAUAAUCCUCAUAGGAUUGUAGCCUACAUAUUACUUAUUCAAUCUCAAUUCAACAUGAUAUGGAAUUAUAUGGAACUAUGUAUUGAUUAUGUCACAAUCAAUAGAAGUCUCUGGUUGCUAUGACGUUGUUAACCUAGAUUAACUAUUAGUUAUGUAGUCAUGAUUAUGACUCAAUAAUAUGUCAUAACACUGAGCAAUACCGCUGCUUUUCCAUCCAUAGAAAUUGAAUCUCAUUCUAGUUCUGUGGAUCCAUCAUUCAGGCACAAGACAAAAAGUUGCCUGAAGGCUGUGUAUCAUUGUAUUGUUGACCCAGACGGAGUGCACUUCACAAGGAUUGUCUUUAUCUGAGAAAGCUAACCAUGGAUAACUCUCCUGGAGUGAACCAGGAGCAGGGAGACAUACCAAUGAUCCCAUUGGUCCAUGAGCCCAUGUCAGGUCUGAUAAACGUCCUGAUGACUGCUAAGGAUGAGAUGCAGUGGGCCCAGAACCAGGUGAACAACUUGCAGCAGUCAAUGGACCACAUGCAGGGGCAGCUGAAUUCCAUGCAGGGGAAGUUUAUUGAGUUGCAGAGUGCCCUCUCUCAGCUCCUUGAUGACAUGCCUGUGGUACCUGAAAGGGAGGGGAUCCAACCGACAAACAUCAUCCCUGUGCAGAGGGAGGGGAUCCUCCCGACAGGCAUCAUCCAGAGGGAGGAUCCCAACAAGAACCAAUCAUUCCAACAAGGCAUCAUCCCAACACAAACCAAUGGAAUGGAACAGAUGGAAUGGCAUGAUCCACCUCCACCUCCCAUCAUCCCCAUAGUGGGAUCCUGGGAUGCUGGAGUGAAUGCUCCACGUUGUGGACAUUUCUAUGCCAGGAGAAAAGAUAUCCGGAGUAGAUAUGUGGCGGAUCCUGCUUUAAUGACCAUCACCAAGCCGGAACACUCCGAGGCCAACCCUCAGAGCCAGACUGGCAGCUGGCUGGCGGCUGAACCUCAGCCCCCAGCACCCCCAGUACAGAAAACACCAAACAGUGGAGGCUGGCUCAGCUGGUUCUUCUGUGAAAAGAAAGAGGUUCCUCAGAUGACAACGAUACCAGAUGACAAGCCUAGUUCUAAUAAGCCUGUUCCACCUCCUCCCCCGAUGGGGAUGUAUCUAGGGAACUCUAGUCUCCCCAAAGGAGUGAAUCCUUACUCCAUGAAAGCAGCAGGUCUAGCGGGCAGGUAUCCCAAGCUAUUGAACCCUGGUGGGAUCACCACAACGCCUCCAUACCAGGGACCUGGAUCGCUCCCUGCCCAGCACACAACACUCAUGGCACCAAUGGCUGUGCCAUUCGAUGUUUAAAGGCAGAAACUUGCCCAAGGCACUCUACCCUAUUGAGGUCAUUUUCCAGGAGGGAUCAUUUGAUAUUUCAGCAUUUUUAAAAGACAAAAAAAAGCAUAAAAAAGUUAUUAAAAGACUCUGUAUGUUCA